CGGGGAUGCCAGCGUCUGUGACUUUGCUCUUCGAGAAACGCCGGCGGAAACAAAUGCGUUUCCUCCGCAAUGUGAACUGAAGAUUGCCCUCCUGUCUCCUCUCCUCUUCACUCUCCUCCUUUUCUUCUCGCGGUCGCUCUUCUGCUUUCUCUUCCCUCCUUUUUUUCCGUGACGCCGUCCAAGACUGGACUCAACGCGUCGAUUUCGACUCUCUGCACGGCCGCAAUACGCGUUCUGCGCGACCGUUUCCCCGUUCGUUUGGAAAGCCGAGAAACUCUCCCCAACUGCAAAGCCUGACUUCUCGUCUCGUGGAAAAUCCACUCGCUCCCCCCGUUCUGCCCUGAGGACCGAACUGCGACGCCCACGCAAAGGCUCCACGGCCGUCCGGCUCUGCGUCUGUGGAAUCCGCGCUUCACGAGGCCUCGAGUUGUGCAAGUCGCCGUUCUCGGACUGAGGAAACUCUUGCCGUCUGCGAGGGUGCACCCGCGUGACGCGUUACAGAAGGAAAUUGGCUUCUCUGGCUGAAAACGCGCGCGAUCUUGCACAGUCUUCCAUGCUCCUUCACGGAAAGAGGCGUCUUGCAGAGAAGGCUCCUCGAAGGGGUCGCGGCGAAGUGGAGAACUGGUGAUUUACGGGGACUGCCGCGUCUCCGCUUCUCCAGUCGAGACAGGGUGUGUGCUGGGCGCGUCUCCUCGCUGCGUCACUGGGCGAAGGAAGCAACGAAGGUCGCCGGCCGACGCGUGGAGUAUCUCUGCGGACAGCAGACAAAGAAAACGUAAAAGUCAGCCGCAAGCGCCAAGUGCAAGUGAGACCGCUCCGGUCCCUCCUCGCUCUAGGGGUCCAUCCGCUGCAAGCCUCCCAGAGCGCGACCUGAGACGCAGGGUCACUCGGACGUCUCUCUGUCUCUCUCUCUAGCGAGUCCGUCGGCGAGAAAACGGCAGAAUCUCGAGCACCUCUUGCAGCGCUCUCUCUGCUGACAUCGAAAACUUUUUCCGUCCGUGAGACUCCCCGGACCUGUCGACGACGCACAAACGAACGCUGCGUGGAGCUUCCAAGUGAAUUCACCCGAGACCGUCCUUCGUGAGGUUGUGCUUUUCUCACCACUCGAAGCAGUAAAACUUUUUUCCUUCCUGAACGAUGGCAGACGUCCGAGCGACAGACAGCGAGAAGAGGGAGACCGAGGCAGAGCGGCAGGAAGAAGCUCGACUCGCGAGAACAGCAGAGGAAGAUGAUCUGCUGCAAAACUUGACAGAAGUUGAGUCUUUGUGUCCGAACUGUGAGGAGAACGGGACGACGCUGCUGCUCCUUCAUAAAGUUCCGCAUUUCAAAGAAAUCGUCCUUAUCUCUUUCUCCUGUCCCCACUGUCACUACAGCAACCGGGAGGUCCAGUCGGCCGCAUGCCUGGCGCCGCAGGGCGUCCGCCUGGAGCUCACGGUGCAGUCGGCGGCAGACUUGGAUCGACAGAUCGUUCGCAGCGAGCAUGCAACUUUGAUUGUGAAAGAAGUGGAAUUGGAAGUACCACCAAAGAGAGACAGAGGAGAGCUCACUACUGUGGAAGGAGCCAUCCGGCGCAUGAUCGAUGCCUUGCGCGCGGGGCAACCUGUGCGACGAGCAGAGGCUCCAGAAGUGGCGGAGAAAAUCGACGAAGUGAUUCUUCGUUUAGUGAAGUGCAUCGCAGGGGAGACGCUGGACAAGCCCUGGACUUUGAUUCUGGACGAUCCGAGCGGCAACUCCUACAUCGAGGCUUUGCCAGAAGAAAAACGGGCAAGCACGGGCGCGAAAAUGCCGGCAAACGCGAAUCCUGAAGACUUCGCAGCCGUUGAGGGCGGCCGAGAACGCGAUUUCCAACUUUUCGUCAAACACUACGAAAGGACAAAGGAGCAACUGCAUGCAAUGGGUUUCUAUGAGGCACAAAACGAAGAAAAAGAAGGUGCGGACAUCCCCGCCGCUCUCAGAGAGGGCAGCAAGCCGCACGUCUGGGACUUGUCCAAGCCACUGCCCGAAGGGGACGCAUCCCCGGCUGAGGGGAGGGAGGGCGAAGAGAAAGAAGACUACUUGUUCUCUCUCCCUGUCUCCUGCCCCCACUGCGGGACAGAGGGCUCAAACAAUGUGUGCGAGAUCGACGUCCCAGGAUUCCGACGAUGCCUCAUCUUCUCUUUCCUCUGCCAGAGCUGCGGAGGACGACACUCGGAAAUCAAAGCAGCAGGCGCCUUCGGUGCGGUUGGGCGCAAAUGGAUUCUGAACGUGGAAACUGCUGAGGAUCUGAACCGCGACGUCCUCAAAAGCGACACAGCCGUUGUCGAAAUUCCCUCUCUCGACUUCUCCAUGCGUGGCGGAGUCCAAGGAGGAGAGUUCACGACGGUGGAGGGAUUGCUGGGGAAGCUGGCGACGGCUCUAGGAGACUCUGCGCCGUUUGCAUGUGGAGACAGCGCGCCUCAGGAGAAGCGCGAGAAGCUGUCGGAGUUGAUUGGAAAGCUGCAGAAGCUGGAACGCGGGGAGAACUUGCCCUUCACCCUCGUGGUCGACGACAGCGCCGACAUGUCGUUCAUCGGUCGCAGACGCUCGGCAGUGCUGAAGCAGGCGCAGAGGCAGGCUGCGAGGAGUCCGGAUGAGUGUGAAGGAAGCGAGCGGCAAAAAGAGAGCACAGAGACGCACUACCGCGACGGCGAGGCGAGAGAGGAAGUUGAGAAGAAAGAGGAAGAAGUCGACUCGAGCGUACUCAGAGAAGCAGAGGAAGGCGCCGUCUUGGUCGUUGACUCCAUCGACGAACAGCUGAAAACGGAGAGAUACAAACGGACGAAGGAGCAGGAAGACGACCUGGGUCUGACUGACAUGAAGGUCUGAGCGGCCGACGCACUUGGAGCGAACCUCCGAAUUCGCGCUUGCAGGCAGAGACAAAUCGAUCCAGAAAGACGCCAGUCAAAAGUCGAGCGAGGUCUGAGAAAAGUCGCCGCUUCGCCUUUGUGUCAUGUGCAUGGAGAAGAGACUCGAUGGAAAGAGACAGUAAGGGUGAUUUGUGUGAGAUGAAUUUGUUUCGCGCAUGCGGGCGUCCGUUUGCCGCGAUCAAGAAUGUUUCUGUAGUUGACUUUGAUAUUCACGGUUGGCAGACUACGUUCCAUUUCCCCCGCUUCUCUUUCGAACGAAGCUCCCGAUUCGAGUCACACCGUUGCGCUUCCUUGACCAGCCUUUCAGGCCUUUCUCUCUCUCUGGAAAGAUCGCCGUCCCCAGCAAAGGCGGAACCUAUACGCUCCACGUCGCGCCACCGCAAGACGCAUGCACAAAACUAUGUAUCUAUGCGCAC